AUGGAAUCGGCAAGGCCGUCAGCAAGAUCACAGGUAUACUUUUACACCAGUGGCGUUACAGCACCAGAACUUCCCACGCUCUUCUACACUACUAUGCAACCGAAACGAUCCACAAAAGACAUUGAACAGCGGCCUGAUCUUUAUGCCUGUCCGCCUAACAGUGAAUAUGUUACGUAUGCAAACCCAACCGGAAGCGACGGAGUAUACUAUGCAGAAGGCCCAAUGAUGGCCUCAGAAAGCAACUUGAGUAGUAUCUCCAUGGACAGCCAGCAGCGCCGUCAACGGACAAAUCGUAUAGAAGAACCGAGUGGCUACUGGGUCCUGCCCCAUACGAAACAUCACAAAUCAUCCGAGCCGUCCAGCUCUACUCCAACACGCUACGUUACCCCAGGAGGAAGAUACUUGCAUCGCAGACCGAAGAAACACACAGCGGGGGUACAGGUCAGAGGGCCUGACUACAAGGUGUACCCUACCGUCUCACCCGGCGGAGUGGUGGAGGAAAGCGAGGAGAUGCAGCAGUAUUCCAGCCUCUCUCGUAAAAUUGAUCCAAAUAUUUCGGUAUGCCAUGUUCCAACUUGUUUGCAACCCCUUGCAUAUGUUCAUACUUCCUAG